AUGAUCACACUCUUUGUGGCUCUUUACUCUCUGCUUUGUCUCUGCACAACUGGAAACACUUCUGACAUCAAGGAGCUUCACGUGAAAACAGUAAAGCGUGGAGAAGCUGUAACUAUGGAGUGUAACAUUAGUGGGGUUAAGGACAAAAAGAAUUUAGCUUGGUACAGACAGAGUUCUGAAAAAGUGCCUCAGUUUUUGGCGAGACCAUACAGUAACAAUCUGGGGUAUGAUUUUGUUGAGGGAUUUAAUGAUAGCCGCUUCAGUGUUACUGUCAAUAAGCAAAAGGUUGAUCUCAAUAUUAAUGGAGUAAGAGAAGAUGAUGGAGGAGAAUAUUUCUGUGGAUAUGUGGAUGGAAAUAUACUAAAGUUCACAUCUGGAACACGUCUGCAGUUUGAAGGUGAAGAGAUGAAACCCUGUCCUACACCUGGAACACUUAACAAGAACACACACUCUGUUACACACCAGGGUUCAAACAGCAGAGAUGGAAAAGGUUCUUCAUCAAACAACCAUCAAACUCCCACCAAUCAGGCUGAUGAUGAAGAUGUCUUGAACUAUGCAGCUGUGAGUUUUGCUAAGAAACCUUCAUCCUCCAGAACAUCCAGAGACACGAGCCAUCAAGACGUUUAUGCACAAGUUAAAAUGAAUAAAUAGCAAAAAAAAUCAGGAUCAAAACAAAGUUAAACGAUGUAUUUUUCCCAGGAAGCAAUGUCUUAUAUUUAAAUCAGGUCAGCUUUUUUUUUUAUUGCUGUUUUCAUGGUGGCUGUUACAAUAAUACAUUUUAAUGAAUAAAGUAAUGAUUCAAAUUAUUUAAGAAACAGUAAUUUAAUUCUAAUAGUUACAUCAACAGGAAUGCCUAUUUUUUUUUACAUUUGAUGUUUUUUGUUGUUGUCUCAUGGGAUUUUUAUAAAGAAGCCAAAUAUGGUAAAUAAAGUAAUUUAAAUUAGUUAAAUAUUUUUUUACUCAGUGUUUAGGAAAAGGGUCAGAAAAUGGUGUCAUUUUUUUAUCUGCCUUCAGGCCCACAUUAGGUUUGCUCUCGCCCAUUGUGUAGCUUUCACCGGACGGCUGAUAACUUUUUAAAGUUGUAGCUGCCUUUCCGGAAAUGCAUUUUACGAUUUAUGAGGGAAAGAAGACAAUUUUUCUACAUCAUGUUUCUGCCCACAACUGCAACCAGCUAGGUGGAUUAGCCAGACAUUUUUACCAAAUACACUCACUGUGAAAUAUCCUUGGGGUUCAAGAAAAAAGAGAAAA